AUGGAGACGGGCAAUUGCUUUGGUUCUUCUUUGAUUCCAGACAGGCCAGAACGAAAGGUUAUUGAGAAGAACAGGAGGAACCAAAUGAAGUUCCUCUACUCUCAGCUCUUUUCCCUCCUCCCUGAAAAUGUCAACUUUAAGGGAUGUCCACAAAUGUCUGAUAGACUAAACGAAGCUAUACGAUACAUUGAAACCCUGAAAGAAAACUUAGAGAAAACUAAGAACAAGAAAGAAAAGGAUGGGGCUUCCACUUCCCAAUCUUUUGAUAUCCAAAUCCAUGAAAUUAGUUCUGAUAUAGAUGUAGUUUUAAUCUUUGGAUUGAAAACUUAUUCCUGUUAUUGUGAUAUUAUUCGGACAAUUGAUCAAUACAGCACUGCCGUAGGAUACGCAAGUUUUUCUACUUCUGGACCUUCUACUUUCCAUGUACAUCAGAAAAAGAUUGAAGCAGCAGAGAUGUAUCGGAGGCUAAAUGAAUUGUUUGAAGGAUUCUCGAAAAAAGAAGUAGUGUUAGAUGUUCUUGCCCCAACAUGUAACGAAGAGGAAUCCAACCUAGAUUUAUGGGAUUUUGAAAUCUCCUCCGACAUAUGGUGUAGGAAUUCCUAG